AUGUCUAGUACCUAAUUUGAUUAGAUGAUGAGCUAUGCAAAAGCGGAGGAUAUUGUAACAGAACCAAGAUAUUAGGCAAACAAUUUUUAGCAAAAUAGGAAUUAAAAUAGAAGCCGUGGACAUGGUUACGAAGAUUAAAAACAAAAUUUGUUGGAAAGAAAAAUUAGCACUUCACAACUAAAUGAAAUAAAAUAUAGAGAUAACAACAAUGAAGAAGAUAUUUAGUCAUUCGAAAUGAAAGGGUAAAAUAAGGUCUUGCUUGGCGGCUGGCUUGAAGUAUCAGUCAAUUUAGGGGAUAUUACUAACGAGCAAGUUGAUGCAAUUACAAAUGCUGCCAACGAAUUUUUAUCUCACUCAGGAGGACUUGCUUUAGCCAUCGCUAAAAAAGGUGGUCCUUCAAUUUAACAGGAUUCUGAUUAAUUGAUAUAUAAGAAUGGUAAAGUUGAAACAGGUACAGGAAGGGCAGUCACAAAAGCAGGAAAUAUGACAAAUUGCAGAUAUGUUAUUCAUGCAGUCGGUCCAAUUUGGACUAAUGGAAGAAGAGAUGAUGAAAAACUGUUGUAUGACUGUGUUAAAGACACCCUCAAAACAGCUUCUAAUUUAAAGUGCAAAUCUGUUUCAAUUCCAGCUAUAUCUUCUGGUAUCUAUGGAUUUCCUAAAGACUUAUGCGCUGCUCACUUAUUCAGAGCUGCUGAAGACUUUUGCUUUUAGAAUGAUCAAAAUGAUACUAGCUUAAGAGUGAUAAGAUUCACAAACUUUGAUUAAGAAACAGUGUCAUAUUUUACAAAGGAAAUAAAAUGGAGAUACACUGAGAGAUUAUUGUGUGUUCCGUUAACUGGUACUCAUAACGAGGGAUUAGGGACAUAAAAAUGCAAUUAAAAUAAUUAACAGGAGUAAGAUUUCUAAAAUAAUGGCCAGAAAUUUGGUUCUGGCAUUAAUAAUAGCUAGAAUAGUAACGAUAGAAAUCAUCAAAAUUCAUAAUAAAUGAAUCUCUCUAGCAAUUAAUGCUUUUGCUAACACUAGUAGAGACAUUAGGAUUCGGGCCAAUCAAACUUAGAUAGUACCUUUAAUGCUGAGGCUAUUUCCUCUAAUCAAACUGUAUCUUCUCAGUAACGAAAUGAGGUAAAUGAAAAUGCACCUAUCAAAUAACAUAAUACAAUUUUCAAGGAGGUUGAAACUUAAACAACAUUAACGUAUAAAGAUAUCGAAGAACUAAUAAUGAUUAAGCAAACGAGAAAACAAGAGAAGGAAUAAGGAAAAUUGAGUGGGUUAAAUUAAGUAUAGAUACCUGAUACAUCAAGUAAAAUAAAUGAUGAAGAAUUUUUUUAACAAAAUCAAGUUUAAUAAUAAAUCUAAAUGGAAGUAGAGAAGACCUAAAAAAUAAGUUUAAAUGGAAAUCAAAGUUCAGAAGAUCAAUAGAUAGAAAGGCAAAAGUAUCAAGCUUAAAUCGAAGCUAGUUAAAAAAUCUCAUAAGAAACAUAAGAACAUAAUUAAUAAGUUCUAGAAAAUACCUAAAAUAAUGCAUCUUAUGAUGGAGAGGCUGAAUCUAAUUUAAAUAAAAAAAUGUUGCAACCUGAAGACUCUAAAUUAAAUUCUAAUGAUUAAACUAAUUAAGUGAUACAGGAAGAGGAGUAAAAUGAGAGGGAUUUGAAAUUUAUAGAAGGAAGAGAAAUGAAAGAUAAAACUAAGACUAAUUGCCAAGUAGUUAAGCAUAAGUAGCUGAAGAAUAAAAAAUGGAAUUGGACUCUAUUCAAAAUUAUAAUUGGGAGGGACUAGUAGAUAAUCAAAAGUAGGAUAAAAUACAUGAAAUUGAAUAAACUAAUCAAGAAAGAUUUGGAGAUACUAAGGGUUUAGUCUUAGUGGAUGUUAGAUUAAAGGAAAAUAAAAGAAAACAAAUUUGAAAAAAUUGGUGAAGAAGAUCGAAGAUUUGAGGAUGAGGAGAGUGAAAAAUGA